UUCAUACCUCAGUACAGCAGAUGGCGGUAAUGAAAUGAGAUUGCAAGGUGCUAAUGAAUCACAGAAGAAGCAGAUUAACUCGCAAGUGAAACAGGUGGUGUGCAUUCAAGCAACCCAACACAGCCCGAGCCAUGGAGAGCCUCUCGAGCCACAGCUCCUACCUCCUCCAGCAGCUGCAGGAGCAGCGGAUCCAGGGCAUGCUCUGUGACUGCAUGCUUGUUGUUAAGGGUGUGCGCUUCAAAGCACAUAAAAAUGUUCUAGCUGCUUUCAGCUCAUAUUUCAGGUCUCUUUUCCAGAACACGACAGGUCAGAGAAACGAUGUGUUCCAUCUAGUCAUUCAGGAUGUUGGCGGAAUGGGGCAGGUGUUGGACUACAUGUAUACCUCUCACCUGGAGUUGAAUCAGGACAAUGUUCAAGCCUUGCUAGAUAUCGCCCUGUAUCUUCAGAUGCCCAAUAUUCUGAGCAUGUGCAACAGUUUCCCAAAGUCUUGUGCCUCCACUGUUGAUGCCUCCACCCUCUCCAUGCCUGGUGUCCUGGGGCAUGAGCAGGGCUGCAUGUUGGGUGGGAACCUGCCCCCUGAGAUUGAUAUUCUGCCCACAGAAACCCAGAGAUCUCUCAACUGUUCCACUGAGGACGGUAAGUCCAAAGAGGAUUCACACAUUCAGAGAAACAUUCCUAUCGACGUGGUCACCAACGUGCCCGCAGCACCAAUCAAACAACCAUUGCCUGGCUACAAGCUGCGUAGUUUCUACAGCAAGCAAUAUUUUAAAGAGAGUGCAAUAGAGACAUGCUACUCUCCAAGUAUGCCCAAUCAGAAUCAUGCUCUAGUGGAAGUCACCAAUGACACCUUUGACCCUACCCCCGCGUGCCAGGGAAGUGCCAUACCAGUGGGCCAGGAUACCUCAAUGCCAGCACCUCGAGGCUCCAGUUCAGUAGCACCUGAUCCCAUGUAUCCUCCUGCUUGUAAGAGUCCUGUGUCCAGGCCAGUGCGUCCCAAGAAAGCAUUGUACCUGAAAAAGUAUAACUACCUCUGCUCUGAGAGAACUGUGGUGAAAAUGCACAUUUCAAAGAGUCCAUUCACUGACCACUGUGUGAAUGAGGGUCCGCAAGAAGAGCCAGAGCAAAGUCAGCUGGCGGACAGUUUGGAUGAGCGGGUUGGGCCAGAGAACGUGGAAGACUCAGAGUUAGGCCCGAGUCAGCCAGUCUCCAUGUCUCCAACACUCAAUGCUGUGGAGACCUGCUCAGAAUUAAACAGGGGCCCUCCAGCAGGAGAAACAGGAAAUAAGAAGGAUUACUGCUGUGAAAUAUGCAGGAAAACAUUUAAACACCCCAGCAACCUGGAGCUCCACAAGCGCUCACAUACUGGUGAGAAGCCAUUCCAGUGUAACAUUUGUGGGAAACAUUUUUCACAGUCAGGUAAUUUGCAGACACACUUACGCCGGCAUUCAGGAGAAAAACCUUACAUAUGUGAACUCUGUGGGAAAAGCUUUGCUGCCUCAGGGGAUGUGCAGCGUCACAUUGUCAUCCACACAGGACAAAGGCCUCAUCUGUGUGACGUUUGUGGACGAGGGUUCAGUAACUUCAGUAACUUGAAAGAACAUAAAAAGACACACUCAACUGAUAAAGAAUUUAUUUGUGACCAGUGUGGCAAGUCUUUCAACAUGCACAGAAAGUUGCAAAAGCAUAAAAUCCGUCACAUCGGAGACAGACCUCACAGCUGCCAAACCUGUGGUAAGUAAUCUUAGUCUUUCCGAAACAAAUGGAACUGACGUGUUUCUUUUGCCUGUGCAGUCAUUCAGACCGUACACAACUACAGCAGCUG